ACCUUCGAAUCAAAUUGUAUUCAAUUCAGUUUUUCAACGAAUUAACUCAAACCACUCAAACCUAAUCAAAAUGUUCAAAUUCAUCGCUGUCUGCUUCUUCGCUUUGUUCGCUGUUGCCGCCGCUAAACCCGGUGUUGUAGCUCCUUUGGCUUACACUGCUCCUUUGGCUUACUCUGCUCCCUUGGCCUACUCUGCUCCUUUGACUUAUGCCGCUGCUCCCGCCGUUGUUGGUCAUGCUUCUUAUGUUGCUCCUUAUGCCUCCACCUACAAUGCCCACCAUAUUGCUCACUCUGCUGCCUUUCCUGCCGCUUAUGCCGCUGCUCCAGUAGUACAUGCCGCCCCUGUUGCCGCCGCACCUCUUUUUUUGAAGAAAUAGAUCAGAGAAAUGGAUUUGAAUAAAGAGUAAAUGAAAACUGAAAA